CCGAAGAAGAGAGCGAGCAUCCCUCUCACUCACUUGAGGAACGUGUCCACAAGCUUAUUGAAGAUUUGCAAAUACAAACUAUGAGAUUUAACUGGUUUACUUUCGAUUCGUGGGCAAUGUUUGUUUAAUUGAGCUGCUAGAAGCUAGACUAGAUUAGCCAUUUAAACGUGUUUCCUUAAGAGUUAGCAUCUGAAUGACUAGCCUCUUGCUAACCGGUGUUGCUGUACGACAGACCCAUCUGGUAACGUGAAGAGGAGGUCACUCUACCUGUCGUGGUGUAAUGUUUAAUAAGUUCUCUGCUGCAUUCAAGCUUUUACCCCAUUGUUUCCCCUCUCGUUCAUCGAGGACUUUCACCAGAACCUGUCGCCUCCUGGAAAGGAUGCAGGUGGCUAUAGUGAGGUGUCUUCCCGGUGAGCCCAAGCUCACCAUCUCCUUCUCUCUAGAUGGCAGCCACAAAAACAUGCUGCGGGACCAGGACGAGGCGUUGGGAAAGGUCCUAGCACGAAUCUCCAACUCAAUCGUCAAGAGCCAAGGAAAGGCGAAAAGGUCCAAGAAAAAUCGUAGUCAACAGCCGUGUGAGGCUGCGGAGCCCACCGUGGUCAAGCUGUUGAUCGGCGGGGGCGAAGUGCCCGACAAUGUGCCAAACUCUGAAGCAUGGCAGGACGGAGCUGUGCUGCAGGUGGGAGACGUUGAAUACACAGUGAAGAGGAACGCUCCCACUUUCACCACCGUUGAGCUCCCCAUAUCCCUGCUGGCCGGGUUUCCAGUCUGCCCUAAGCUGGAGGUGGAGUUUGGGAACCUCCAAGACUCCGAGUUUACCUGGUUCAGAGAAAACGCACCAGAUACAAGUCCUAAAACUGAAGUCCCAGGUCAGGACGGUGGUUGGGCGCAAGUUGGAUGUGAGCGAGUCCAUGUCCCUUGCAAUCAGGACAUCGGCCAUAGAUUCAAACUGAUCUGCACACCCAGAGAGGGAAGUCGUAGUGGUGCUGCUAAAGAACUAGUCUCUGUUGGAGCUGUUGAAGCAGGCCCAGGUGUGUGCACGUUUGACAAUCGUCAUGCCUACACUGUAAAGGAGGCAGAGUGGCCGGCAGUGAGGGUGGUGUCCUACAACAUCCUCGCAGAUGUCUAUGCCCAGACUGACCUGUCUAAGACUGUGCUGUACCCGUAUUGUGCCCCCUACGCUCUGGAGCUGGACUACAGGCAGAACCUGAUCAAGAAGGAGCUGGUGGGAUACAACGCAGACAUUAUCUGUCUGCAGGAGGUAGACAAAGGAGUUUUUGUUGACAGUCUGACUCCAGCUCUGGAUGCUUUUGGUCUGGAUGGUGUUUUUAGGAUCAAAGAGAAGCAGCACGAAGGAUUGGCUACUUUCUAUCGCAGGUCAAAGUUUCGGUUUCUUAGCAAUCAUGACAUCAUGCUGAGUGAGGCUUUGACCUCUGACCCCAUCCACUCUGAGCUUCUGGAGAAGGUUUCUGCUAACAGCGCCCUGAAGGACAAGAUCCUGCAGAGGUCAACAUCACUGCAGGUCACUGUGCUUGAAGACCUCAAUAAACCAGGCAGGAAGGUGUGUGUGGCCAACACUCACCUAUACUGGCACCCAAAAGGAGGGAACGUUCGCUUGGUUCAGAUGGGCGUGGUUCUGCAGCAUCUGAGUCAUGUGAUCAGCGAAGCUGCACCUGGAGCCCCGCUGGUCUUUUGUGGUGACUUCAACUCAUGCCCAAGCUCCGGUGUGUUCCAGCUGCUCAGUGAUUCGGGGGUUCCUCUGCACCACGAAGACUGGAGUAGCUCAGGCCCAGAGGAGUCCUGCAGCAUGGAGCUGACUUCUACCUUCCCCCCUCUGCUGAGCGCCUGCGGCCAACCAGCUUACACCAACUACGUGGGAGGUUUUCAUGGCUGCCUGGACUACAUCUUUAUACAGCCAGAGAGCAUGCAGGUGGAGCAGGUGAUUCCGUUGCCCAGUCAUCAAGAAGUCACCACAUAUGAAGCGCUGCCCAGCGUGGCUCACCCUUCUGACCACAUCGCGUUGAUCUGUGACCUGCGCUGGAACCCUUGACCUCUGAUGCCAUCAGAUACUCUUAUAAACAAAUAUAUUAUUUCCUGAAAGUUUAUAGGAGGAGAAUAAAACAUGGAUAACAUCACAACACCUGUUGUACACUAAGCACUAAGAAUAUGUUGACUUCAAAGUUUAUAGUAAUGAAUUUUCAUUACUGAUAUUCAGUGUUGGGAUGGAAAAACAGCUUUUUUGUUUUUAUUUGGUCAUUUUAAAUUAAAUUGAUUACUUUAGUAAAUAUUAUAUCACACAGCUCUGUCACUUUUAAGGUUUCAUGUUUGAUCUAAUUUCACCAGAUUAUUAGCAAAAGUAAUGGUACUUCUAGUUUUUCCUCUUAAACAGCUAUGAAAACAUAUUUGUUUCACUAUCUAGUAAAAUGGCUGAAUUAUAAAUCAUAAAUAUUUAUAAAAAUAUUUAAUAAUUAUCACAUCUAAUCAUAUUAUUAUGACCAGAUGUGGUUCCCCGUGUGCCUUUUUUUUUUUGGGAAAUAAAGUUUCAGUCAACAACA